CAGAGUGGAACUUUGGGGCUAGAGUUUCAGACUUGCGAGAGUUUUUUUGGCACAACAAGGACGCGCAACUGUGCUCCUGAAGCCUUAUCCGGUCGUGUUUAUCUUUUUAAAUGAUUGUCUUUUCAUAACAGAACCAGAGAAAUAGAACGAGACUUUCUAACCUCCGGGAUGUAUACCACCGGACUCAACCCGUUUUACGCAUCCAAUUUCAGCCUGUGGUCUGCUUACUGCGCCGGAGGCUUCGCCGUGGAUUCCAUGAAGAAGCCUUCGUUCUGCAUCGCAGACAUUUUGCAAGCAGGAGAUGCAGAGAACAUCCCUGGAUCGUCUGCCCUGAUGGUGCACAUGGGGCACCACCAUCACCACCAUCAGCAGCAGCAGCAGCGCGCACAGCAAGCGCACUCCGGCGGCUCUCCGCUGCGCCCUGCUCCCGUCGCACCGGACCCAGCGGUGUUCGGAUCCAGACUCAGCCCGGGGUCUCCGUACCAUAGACACGGACUCCAGCUCACGGCCGUCUCUAGGACUUCUUUCAACUCCCAGCAAGCACCGCCGCCUUCAAGUAAAGACCUCAAAUUUGGAAUCGAUCGUAUUUUAUCAACAGACUUUGAUCCAAAAUGCAAGGAAAAGUCUUCUCUAAGAGAUCUCACCUCCAUCGUUAGCUCCAACCGUCAGUCAGGCCUUCACCUCCCUAUUCAGCCUCCAGCCAGCCCCUACUUCUCCUCCAUAGACCCCGGGAUGAGCGACGCGUCCUCCAUGAUGGGCUCACUAGGCAGCGGCAGCAGCAGACACUCAGGCCAGCAUCAGUUUCAGGACACCUUCCCAGGUCCCUAUGCAGUCCUCACCAAAGACACAAUGCCUCAAACGUACAAGAGGAAAAGGUCAUGGUCAAGGGCAGUUUUCUCAAACCUGCAGAGGAAAGGCCUGGAAAAGAGAUUUGAAAUACAAAAGUAUGUCACCAAGCCUGACAGAAAACAGCUGGCAGCUAUGCUGGGGCUCACAGAUGCUCAGGUAAAAGUGUGGUUUCAGAACAGACGCAUGAAGUGGAGACACUCCAAGGAGGCCCAGGCUCAGAAGGACAAAGAGAAAGACGAGAAGCCGGAGAAAGGCUCCUCUGAGGCCGGGAGCCUGGAGCCAAAGUUACCAACAGAGUCUGAGUGUGAGAGCGAGGCUCGGAGCGACAGCGAGUCAGAGGAAGCCGAUGAGGAGGACAGCGCAGACGGACAUUUGGACAUUUCUGAGCUCAGCAACAAGACCAGCGUCAUCAUUAGCGGGAGCGCGCAGGGGGGCAGCGCGGACGCGAGCCCCACGGACAAGCCCACCUCACAGGUGUUGAUAUGAAAACCAGGACAUUAACAGCGUCCUUCAGCCUCUUUUUGUCUGAAGAGCUUCACUGACUUUAAGACACGUGGAGAAAAAGCGUCUGCAUCCGGAGACAGGUCAGUUCACUUCCAGGGAGCAGCCGGAGGAGCGCACAGGCUGAGUCACUAUCGCUCAGCAUUGCAGCCCAGCAAAGGCAGCAUAGAGAAAAGUGUGAAUCUUAUUAGAUUUUGGUGUUUUUUUUCCUUAGUAUAAUUUUACAGUUACAAUAAUUACCCUAUACACAACCGGUAAUUCAAACCUAAAUAAAAAUAUUUCUGGCUCUUAAUUACUGUCCUGAAAAGUGCUUCAGACCUGAUGAUGAUAAAAAGGACGAUACGGACGAGUAUUUUAUUGUUAAUGAAGGAACCACUCGAAUUAUGUUGUAAAGGAAAUCUAUGAGCAACAGUAUUCGUGUAUAUUUCUUUGUUUUGAUACAUAGAUGUGUUAAUAGUAAUUUGCACUGAAGAAUGUAAAUAAAAUGUUUUU